GCGGGGCUCUCUGAGAUGAGUCCGGAUCAUAAGCCGCAGCCGUCGAAGCGGAGGCAGCUUGACGAGCUCUACGCUCGGGACCUAAUGGCCCGAGGGAGAGAAGGUCGUUCAUCGAACAAAACACCAUGGAAGCCUCCACGCGACCCGUCUCCGCAUCCUAAGAAGGGCCGAAUACCGAAACAACCAUUUCCAAGUCAGGCACCUCGGAACCCUAAUGGUCACAAGAUUCCUUCCAUUGUUGUCACUAAGCAUCGGAGGGGGGUUGACGAGCAUUUGCUUGCGAGGGCAACCGAGGAGGACGAGUUGUUCGCGCGCGCAUGGGAGGAUGUGGUAUUCGCCAGGACGGACGUGGACGACUUGGACUAGUGCAGGCUAGUACGUCGCCCGCAACAUAUUACUUGAC